AAGCGACUGAAUUUCAUAUCGUACCAUACCAAAAUGUAUAAACUUGUGGUCCUCUCCUGCCUUUUGGCAACCGCCUUUGCUCUCCCACGCAAACUACCUCUUCCUGAUGGAAGAAUCGUUGGUGGACAAAACGCUAACAUCGAAGACUUCCCAUACCAACUCUCCCUUCAAUAUUAUGGUAGCCACAUCUGUGGAGCUUCCAUCAUCUCCUCUAAAUACGCCGUAACUGCCGCCCACUGUACCGAUGGAUCUUCCGCUUCUAUGUUGAGUAUCCGUGCUGGUUCUUCCAUCCGUGGAUCCGGUGGUGUUGUUGUCAACGUUAAAGCCAUCCACCAAAACCCACAAUACGAUUCCUCCGCCAUCGAUUAUGACAUCAGUGUUUUGGAACUCGCUUCUAAUCUUUCCUUUGGAAGUGGUGUUGCCGCUGUUGGUUUACCUUCUCUUAACCAAGCUCUUCCCGUUGGAGAAAAAUCCGUCGUCAGUGGUUGGGGAACUUUAACUGAAGGUGGAUCAUCUCCAUCUCAACUCCAAUCCGUUCAAGUUACCGUUGUCAGCAACGCCGCUUGCGCUUCUGCUUACGGAAGUGGAUCCAUCACCGAUCGUAUGAUGUGCGCUGGUGAAACUGGUGGAGGAAAAGACGCUUGCCAAGGUGACAGUGGUGGCCCAUUGGUCGUUAAUGGCCAACUUAUUGGUAUCGUUUCUUGGGGAUACGGAUGUGCCCGUCCAAAUUACCCAGGAGUUUACUCUAGCGUUCCAAAUCUUCGUGGAUACAUCACCACUAUUACACAAAUCUAAAUUUAUGAUUUUUUGAUUAUAUAAUUAAUCAAUAAAAAUAAAAGAUUUUCAAAAAUUAACUAUAA